UCCUGCCAGUCCUCCCACCGACUACACCCCGGGAAGGAGGAGCUUCGGGCGCGCACAAGGCGUCAGAAUCCUCAAUUUCCAACUUAGCAUCUUGGCAGGACCUUUGCGAAGCCCAAAGCAGAGCCCCCCAGUGCACAGAGCGAGGGGGGAACAGGAGAAAGCCGCCAGGGCGGGGGGGAAAUCCAGCCGGGGCGGGCGAGGCGGUGGCAGCCAGAGGCGCGCGGGAAGCCAGCGAGGCGGCAGCGCGGGCCGGAGCCCGGGAACCAGCCGGGGCCCGAAGAGCGGCGGCCCGGGGCAGCCGGAGGCCAGGUGCUGCCCGCUCGCCCUAGCAGGGCGCCGCCCGGCUCGUUGGCGGCCGCGGCGCGGCGCGCCCCAUGCCCGUGUGUGGCCAUGUCCUACCCGCAGGGCUACUUGUACCAGCCGUCCGCCUCGCUGGCGCUCUACUCGUGCCCGGCUUACAGUACCAGCGUCAUCUCGGGGCCCCGCACAGAUGAGCUCGGCCGCUCGUCGUCGGGCUCCGCGUUCUCGCCCUACGCCGGCUCCACCGCCUUCACGGCGCCCUCGCCGGGCUACAACUCGCACCUCCAGUACGGCGCCGACCCCGCGGCUGCCGCGGCGGCCGCCUUCUCUUCGUACGUGGGUUCACCCUAUGAUCAUACACCUGGCAUGGCAGGCUCCUUGGGGUAUCACCCCUAUGCUGCACCCCUCGGCUCUUACCCAUACGGGGACCCCGCAUACCGGAAGAAUGCCACACGAGACGCCACCGCCACGCUCAAGGCCUGGCUCAACGAGCACCGCAAGAACCCCUACCCCACCAAGGGCGAGAAGAUCAUGCUGGCCAUCAUCACCAAGAUGACUCUCACCCAGGUGUCCACCUGGUUCGCCAACGCGCGCCGGCGCCUCAAGAAAGAGAACAAGAUGACCUGGACGCCGCGGAACCGCAGCGAGGACGAGGAAGAGGAAGAGAACAUCGACCUGGAGAAGAACGACGAAGACGAGCCCCAGAAGCCCGAGGACAAGGGCGACCCCGAGGGCCCCGAAGCAGGAGGAGCGGAGCAGAAAGCGGCUCAGGGCUGCGAUCGGCUGCAGGGGCCGCCCACCCCCGGCGGCAAGGAGACCGAGGGCAGCCUCAGCGACUCGGAUUUUAAAGAGCCGCCCUCGGAGGGCCGCCUCGACGCGCUGCCCGCCCCCCCCCGCGGUGGCGGGCCUUCCCCGGCCGGGCCCACGGCGGCGCGGCUGGCGGAGGACCCGGCCCCUCUCUAUUCGUCUGGCGCGCCGGCUCCGGGCCCGCACCCAGCCGCGGGUGAGCUGCCCCCGGGCCCCGGCGGGCCCUCGGUCAUACACUCGCCACCACCGCCGCCACCACAGGCCGUGCUCGCCAAGCCCAAACUGUGGUCUCUGGCCGAGAUCGCCACAUCUUCGGACAAGGUCAAGGACGGGGGCAGUGGGAACGAGGGCUCUCCGUGUCCGCCGUGCCCCGGGCCGGUGGCCGGGCAGGCUCUAGGAGGCAGCCGCGCGUCUCCAGCCCCGGCGCCCUCUCGCUCGCCCUCGGCGCAGUGCCCCUUUCCAGGCGGGACGGUGUUGUCCCGGCCUCUCUACUACACCGCGCCCUUCUAUCCCGGCUACACGAACUAUGGCUCCUUCGGACACCUUCAUGGCCACCCAGGGCCGGGGCCGGGUCCCACAACCGGUCCGGGCUCGCAUUUCAAUGGAUUAAACCAGACCGUGUUGAACCGAGCGGACGCUUUGGCUAAAGACCCGAAAAUGUUGCGAAGCCAGUCCCAGCUAGACCUGUGCAAAGACUCUCCCUAUGAAUUGAAGAAAGGUAUGUCCGACAUUUAACACGGGAUGCAUCGCUCCCAGACUUCACUAAUUUAUUAAAAUACUUGGCCUUGACAAUUAUGUUUUCCAUCAACGAGAGAGAGAGAAAGAGAGAAAACUAUCCCUCCUAUUAAAAAGUUUAUAGUUCAUGGAGGUGGGAGACAUAAAAAUGUAAACAUUUCCACACAUACACACACACUAAAAAUAUGUCUUAACCAACCUGAAAAAAAAGAAAAAGUUAAAAGGAUUUGUAUUAAAUCUUAUUCUGUAUAUUUAAUGUAGCAUUUUUGUAUUUAAAUUGAUAAUUCAAUAUCUUUGAAGUAAAUUAUGAAAAUAAGACACCUGUAUAGGCAUUUAAUGUUUUUGUAAUAUAAAUAUAUGCAUUUGUGUCCCCCCGAAAGUGUUUCAUAGUUUAAAAUACAAGUUUAAUUUAAUUUUUUACACUUAUUGAUUUUCCUGGGUCUAAGCUAAAGUAUUACAGAAAGAAUACAGGUUAUACUCUUAGAUUUAAAAAAGUAAAAGAAACUGCAGCCGCCUUUGUAAAUGCAAAAUAUUUAAUUAAAAGAGAUUUUAACAUAA